GUAUUUUGAAAACUCCCCCCCGGAUGUGGCUGGAUGUCCUGGCUCGUGGAGUUGGCGGGGUGCCAGCAGUGGAGCCGUCCCGUUUUCUUUUACCUCUUAGAUUUCACUCCCCUUGUGUGGUCGCACAGCCUGAGUAAUGGCACAGAAGCAUGCCAAGCCCAACUUAAGUCCAUCUCAGGCGGAGGAUGUGGUGAAGAGGCUCUUCAGGCUAACGGCAUCUGAAAUCCGCUCGAUGCCGAGCUACGAUGACCAGAACCUCUACGUUGCGGUAGUGGAGGGUGGCGAGUACGUCCUGAAGAUCAUGAACUCAGAGGACAGUAAGAACCAGACCCUGAUCGAGGUGCAGACGAUUGCCAUGUCCUGGCUGCACCAGAAUGGACUUCCUGCCCAAACAGCUCUGCCCACUACCUCCGGACAGCUCAUGAGUCUGGAGGAAAUGGACUGUGGCUAUGGCUGUCAGAAGUACCUGGUGCGGCUGCUGACUUAUUUGCCUGGAACCACCAUUUCCAAGGCUCCUUUAACACCACAGCUGCUGUAUGAAACCGGCAAGACAGCAGCCCGAAUGGACCAAAUCCUACAAGAGCUACAGCACCCUCAUCUUAGUGUGCUGCAGAGAGAGAAGUUCAUAUGGAGUCUGUCAAGUAUUCCCCUUUUGGAAGAAUACCUGAACGUGUUCGACGGAGAUCCUCUUCAGGAGGUUGUGGAGGAUGUCAUUCAUCAGUACAAGACCACUGUGAUCCCCAAACGCUGCAAUUUCCGCAAGUGCAUUAACCACGGUGACUUCAAUGACCUCAAUAUUCUUGUGCAACCUGACGAGACUGACGGCUACAGGAUUUCUGGCAUCCUCGAUUUUGGAGACAUGAAUACUGGCUACUACAUCCAUGAGCUAGCUAUCAACAUCAUGUACAUGAUGACAGAGCACCCUGAACCCAUAGAGGUGGGUGGACCUGUCCUGGCGGGCUGGGAAAGUGUCAUUCCUCUUAAUGAAGCAGAGAGAGAUUGUCUGUAUUUGCUGGUGCUGUCCCGCUUCUGCCAGUCAUUGACUUUGUCUCGUCACACUGUGAAACUGCAUCCAGAAAAUGCAGAGUAUCUGAUGAUUACGUCCAAGAGGGGCGUCAAUAUUUUCCGCCAUCUCUGGGAGCUUGGAAAGGAGAAGGUGGAGAAGUUAUGGUUUCAGAGUGCUGCCCAAUUCAGUCACAGGAAGUGAGAAAGAUGUGAGGAAAACCAUUCAUUAAUGUAUCAGCUCAACAGGGUGAUUCCACUGACCUGGUUCUCAGCUAUCAUUUUAAGACAACGAAUUAACAAUAAUGUAUUAUGAUUCAAAGACAAAAUAAUCCAGACAUACUGAAGUAGGAAUACUGCAGUGUGUCUUACAGGAGAAGUAGAGUGAAAAACUUAUGUGUGAGCAAAUGCCAACUGGAAAAAAAAAGCAUUUAAUCACAGUGUGUCUCUUUAAAUUGGGGUUCACAAAUGGUGCAGUGGUAGAGGUUCCUGGUCAGGACUGUAAACAGUGUUUGAUUCUUUACUAACACAAUUGUAUGUGUGUUUGACGCUGAGAAGGUUGAUGCCACCUUGAUAAGAAACAAUACACAUCUCUGGAACCUUUGGGACCUUAUCAGAUAAUAGGUGGCUUUUAUCAAAUUACCAGCUGUACUGUAUGUUUGUAACUGUACAAUGCAAUAGGCUACAGUGUGUCCUCUGUAACAGAUCUUAUGCCUUCUCAAGCAAAUUUCAUGUGAUUUACUAAGAAAAAUCAUUGUUUAUACAAGACAUUUGUGCAGUAUGACAUUCUGUUUUACUUAGAAACCUAUCUCAGUUUUUACACUGUGUGUUUAAUGAAUAUCUGGGUCUACCAGUGUUGACCAUUUGAUACCAUUUUAUUCUGUUCAAUUAUUUCAAUAAAUAAUACUAACCUCAAAGA